AUGGAGUCGCAACAUCAGUCGCCGUCUGAUGGUAAUCAGAUGCUGCCUGAAAAGCAUAGGAAAUAUUCAAGGUCUGAAUCGCCAUCAUCGAAAAAAUAUAAGAGAAAUUAUAGAGCAUGCUUGAAUUGCAGAGUACGGAAAGUUAAAUGUGAUUUAGGCUCAGUUGACAAUCCACGGGAUGGAAAGUGUGCAAGAUGCCUAAGGGAGCGUAAAGACUGUGUUUUUGUCGAAUCACGGAGGGGUGGAGCUACAAAUGUAAUGAAUGGGAGAAAAAGGAGGUCUGAAGGACAUAACGAAUAUCCUACGGAAUAUGCACAUUCUAAUGAUGCUCCAUCGGUUCCACACAGAGUCUUACCUUCCGUUACGAGUAUUCUAAAUGAUAAUAAAAAUGCAGGUUCUUCGGAAGACCAAACACCAGUACAUAAUGGGCAACAGAGCAAUAAUAACAGGGGAAGCGAAUCGAACAGUCACUUUUCAACUAUGGAAGGAGCAUUGGUAUUCCUUGCUAAAGCAGCUGGUACUAUUGCCAAAGCUGACGAGAGAGAUAAUAUUGAUGCCAGGGCGAAACACGAGCAAAUUGAAGCGAGGAUUAGUAAUGACAAUUCUGUGGUAAAUUCUGAAAGUUCAAAGAAUACAAAUGACAAUAAUUUCGAAUUAGAGGCACCCAAUAACUCCAGUAACCAUAGCAUCGAUAGUACUAAAUAUUCAUCACCGACUAUUACCUCAUAUACCAAGCCGUUAGAUAUAGGUAAGACGCUAUCUAUGCCGGCUGAGAGUGGAUACAUGGUACGCCCCAAAGGAUCCAACAAGCUUGAGAAUAUUGAAUAUAUUGGUGGACCGAAAGGUAUUUUGACUGAAGAUGAGGCUGAAACGUUGAUUCAUUUGUUUUUCACUACAAUGCAUCCGUAUUUUCCUUAUAUACCCAAAUUUUUGCAUUCCCCUACUACGUUAUCGGGGUAUCCAAUUUUGUUAUGUGCAAUUUUAACUAUAGCAUCUCGUCAUUAUACUUUAGACACACAUCCAAAUACGAGUGGUGUUGCUCGAAAUAUUGAAGUACAUGACAGAUUAUGGUUAUACGUACAAAGGUUAAUUUCGCAAACUGUGUGGGCAGAGGCUAGUACAAGAUCGAUUGGUACCGUCUUUGCAUUUCUACUAUUUACUGAAUGGAAUCCAAGAGCUAUUCAUUGGAGGUGGUCCGAUUAUGCUAAUAAAGCAGAAGAUAUAAAUGAAAAUAGCUCGCCAGGUGCUUCCAAUGAAUUUGGAGCUAGUCUUGCGUCCAGUCAAGAUGAACCUAAUCUAGCCGGAUUAGGUGCAAUGAGAAGAAGCUAUAGAAUGGCAUGGAUGUUAAUUGGUUCCGCAGUUAGAUUAGCACAAGAUAUGGGAUUUAUGGAGAUAAGUACCCGGACGUUCUUAGCAACCCACAUAGCUGAGAUUAAUAGUGUAAUGAAUAUUAGUAGACGAUCUAUGUUAGGCCAUUCAUUGUCCGAAAUUGAUAUUGAUGAUGAUGAGAUUACUGAAGAGCAAGAACAGGAUGAAGAGGAAAAUGAAUAUAAAUUUUUGAAUAUGAAUGAAGAGGAAUUACAGAAAAUAAUCAAAGAAAAUGUUCUUAAAUUCACUUUUAACCAAAGAGCUAAAAUUGAAUUAUUGCAGAUUAUGUCAUUAGGUCAUGAAUCGCUUUAUGGGCAUAAGGCACAGCUAGGUAGUUUAACUCAGCGACAAAACUUGUCGAUUCUUAGUAUCAUAAGUCCAUUAUUAAACAACUGGUCUAAGAAAUAUAAACAUCUAUUAGUCCCAUCGAACCAAAAAAUACUAAAUAAUGUUUCUAAUUUGCAGCAGCAUCUUACUAAUCCGGAAUCAAAGCUUGCGAAAGAAUUAGCGGAUGUUAUUGAUAAGGAAUCAUUCAUAUUUGAGUUUCAUUAUGCAAAAUUAUACGUAUUUUCUCUAGCCUUAAGUCCAUCACCAAAGAAUAUGUAUGAUUCUGAUAAGAAAAACAAACGAAAAUCGGGUAAAUUCAGCCUAAAGCUAGACGAAAUUUCUAGAUCCGCUAAAUACAUUGAACAGGCUUUCAAUUCAGCUAAUGAAAUGUUGUCAGUCGCCCAUAGAAUACACAAACUAAAAAUGUUAAGGUUUAUGCCAGUUAGAUGGGUUACAAGAAUUGUCCGGGCUGUCGCAUUUAUUGUUAAAUGCUAUCUAACUAUCACGGCCCAUAAAAAGACCGCAGACAGCGAUGCAAGUAUUAAUUCUUUCAAUGAUUUUGACUCUACUAUAUUAUCAUUAUCGUUAAUUUCUAUUGAAGAAAUUACUGAUAGUAUUCAACGGGCAGCAAUCACAUUAAGAGACUGUUCACCUGACGAAUUGCAUUUAUGUACAAGAUACUCCAAUGUGUUAAUGUAUUUAUGCUCAGAGAUGAAAGUUAAAUCGAAGUCUAAUAAUGAUAACGAUGAUGAAAUUCAUACUAAACUUAAAAAACAUAAAGCAUCAAAAAGUGCCCCAAACGAAAUAAUUGAUGCAUCCAGCGGUAUUGCAAAUCAUCCUAUACAUGCGACUAAUAAUGAAGAUUAUGGAAGUAUGCAAAACGAACAGCUUCCAUAUUAUGAUAACUCCAUGUACUUUAAUAAGCCAACUAGAAAACCAGAUGAUUCACAAAGUGCAAAUAUAACUCCAAAUGAAGAUAAUAAUACCCCAUUACAAGGCUUGAUGGGAGAUAGUGAAGUCAUGGACUGGUUCAUUAAUAACAAAAAUGUCGGGUUGGAUUUCGUCGGUCCAUGGACUGAAAUGAUUGAACAACAAUUGAAUUCAAACGAACAAUUUAAUUUUGGUGAUACCAUUUAA